CACUCGUCUCGUUCAUGUAGCAGUGCUAUACAGACGUCACGACUCACGAUCUGAGUGACUGACGGCAAUCUGCGCUGUGUGGGAUGAUCACAGGAGAUAUGAGCGGGUCAGACAGCCAGUAUCCUCAAGUCUGGCAGGUGCAAGCACAGGGAAAUAAAGUUGAACAAUAAGACCGUCAGAUGGCGACGUGGGAGAACGUCAGCGGCGCUGACAUGGAUCGCCCUCAGCAUUCCGCCGACCCCGCCGCACCGUUCUGCGUCCCUGAGUCCAGACGCCGCGGCCGUAAGCGCAGCCGACGAAGUGCGAGUCCCAGCGGUGGAGGGGAGCGCAGCGAAGACGAUAGCGAAGAUGCAUAUGGACCAGGUCCGGCGGCUGUGCACUCGAAACUGGCGCAGUUCGGCGCUCAGCCGUUGUCCGAAGAUGAUUUCUACAACAAGGCAGCCGAAUUCAAAGCGUGGCUGCGGGAGAGCAGGAGGAAGUACAUCGAUGAGAUUUCAUCCAUGGAGGCCAGACGGUACUUCUCCAAAUUCGCCGAUAAGUUCAACAAUGGACAACUGCCAGAUGCGUAUUAUACUGGCGCAAUCCGCAGUGCUGCGGGACCGUCCUCAUCUCAGACGCGACACAAAUGGGCGUUUGCGUCGGGCCCAAAGUUGUCUCACGCCGAGCAAGCAAAGAUCGAGAGUGUCCGCGACACUGUGGACACUCUGACGAACGCCACCAGCCGCGGUGCAAAGGAAGCACGUGCGCUCGAGCGGCGCACAGGCAAGGGCCAGCGGAUGAUCGAGCGACACGGCGAAGGAAGCCAUCGAGAGCGCAACGGAAGCGGCGCGAACGCCGGUGCAAAAGACGCAGGCUGGGGCGCUCGCGAAUGCGGGACUUCAGCCUUGGGAGGCCCAUCUAGCGCUUCAGCAUCAGCUGGACGCGCAGCUGCAGGCGGUCGGCCCGCGCAUGACUUGCAGUUUGAGCGGGAGUUAGAGUCGGAGCGGCGUCAGCGAGAGCGGCAAGCCGAGCGGCGGCGAGAGCGCAGAGACGUGCGUGAGGAGGUGGACGAGCUUGCACCGCGUGCGACGGGGCGUGAUGCACUGACGGAGAGACGGCGUGAGAAGGCAGCUGCGCAUCGAGAGUUUGCCAAUCGCAAGGACGCCGACGACGGACUUGACGUGCGCGACGACGUGCUCAUGGGCGGCGGUGGCCCCGACGAGUUUGCGAGUGCGCUGGCUGCACGAGAGCGUGCCGGAGAAAGGAGGCACGGUGCCGGAGAAAGGAGGCACGGUGCCGCCAACACCACUGAAGGCGGCGGCGGAGGCAGUAGCAAGGAUCGAUGGAGAGAAGAAAAGUUGCACGAGAGGAGGGAGAAACUUUCGGCGAUGAAGCAGAAAGAGGCGGAUACGAUGGCUAUGUUCAAGGCCAUGGCUGCUCAACGCUUCGGCGGUGGCGGUACCAGCAGCGCCUCUUAACUAUGCCUUGUAGGGGCACAAGGGAUUCUACAACGGGCUUCUGAGCGCGCGAUGUGCUACCCGCAGAUAAGUAUUGAUACUAGCUACAUCGACAAAUUGAUUGUGUGCCUGGU